AGUCAUAUGGAGCGGUGGGAGGAAGCGAAGUGCGCGGAGGCUGGAGAAUUUUGUUUUGGUUUGUUUACGAGCAAGCAUCCAGCCAGCAUCAGUCGGCGGCCGGCUCUGAAAAAAGUUUUGAAUUCUUACUAUCAAACACGUUUCAGGUUUUAGCAUCUCUGGACAAUGGCCCUAUCAAAAGAAAUCCCUUGGCAAAGUAUUCUGGACCUUUUUACAGAGGAAAUAAAACAUGAGCGCCAUGCUGAAAGAUGGUCAAAAUUUCAGUCCUUGGAUAAAGAGGACGAAAUCAUAAAUAUGAUUUAUAGUUUCGAUAUAUUCAGGAAGCGAAUUAACGCUUGGCACACAAAAUUUGCCACCAUCUUGCCUCAGGGGCCGGCUAAAUUAACUGACGAGGACGAGAGCAGCUAUGCGAACAAAAUCAACGAGGAGCUGAACAAAGAGAGGGAGUCGCUCAGGAGUAGCAUUAUAUUAAAAUACGGAGAAAGUGACUCUUUUCCCGCUGCUUCGAGUGGACUUGAAGUCCAGGUGUCAGAAGAGAAAGGCCGCCACGUCAUUGCCCUAAAGGACUUUCAGAAAGGUGACGUGCUGUUCAAGGAGGAAGCCUUUACAGCCGUACCCUGCGGAGGAAUCCAAAUUCAUUGUGAUCACUGCUGCACGCCCUUGUAUAGCUUUGGAAACGAGUCCGAAGUGAACUUUGUCCCAUGCGACGUCUGCAACGCCACGCGCUACUGCACGUUCAAGUGCCUGGAGGAGGCCAAGUCGUACCACCAAUUUGAGUGCGGCUCCAACCUUCCUGAACAUGUCGGAAUCGCCUGGCUCGGCCUGCGUGUCGCUCUUGUUGGUGAGACUUGCCAGCAGUCGGGCGAAGCCGACAAAAUCACGCAAUAUGAGCGGGUCUGCAGCCUGCUCACUCACAUCUCAGACAUGACUCCUGAGGACAAAUUGCAGUAUUCUUUGACUUCCUUGUUGCUCUCUGUGGAUAUUGCAAGGCGGAAAAAGAUGUCCUCAGUGGAGAAAAACGAAUACAUUGUCAAGUUCGGCUCAAAAGUAAUGAAGCACAUCACGCAACUAGUCUGCAACGGCAAUGCCAUCACUUCGCACCUUUUCGGCCAGGACCGGAUCACUGUGGCCGGGCCAAUUUUGCAGGAAGAAAAGCAAGUGCGGGUUGCCACAGCCAUUUUCCCUUCCGCGUCCAUGAUGAAUCACUCUUGUGAUCCAAACAUUCUCACCAGCUACUUUGGCAACACAGUGAUCUCUAAAGCAGUGAGAGACAUCAAAGCGGGCGAGGAAGUCUUAAACUGCUACGGCCUUUACUUCAGAGCCAUGCGAACUGAUAAGCGGCAGCGACACUUAAAAGAUCAGUACAUGUUCGACUGCAAGUGCCAAGCCUGCCUGAAAACCAUCGAUGUCUUGGAUACUGAUGGAAUCCACAGCCUCAUGUGCGUCAAGUGCAAAGGCCCUGCGAUUGCCCAGCACGGCGAAUCCGUCUGCCUCAAGUGUGAUUACAUAUUCAACAAUGAAGAAAUGGACCAACUCAUGGAAAUGGUGAACAAGGAAAAGGUUCUCCUUAAAGAAUCUCAAGAGCACCACAGAAACAGGGCAUUCGACAAGCUGAUCAAGAGCAAAAUCGAAUAUGUGAACCACCUUAAGUCUUUCCUGCAUCCGCACAAUUGCCAAAUUGCACAAGCAAUCGAUCAGUUGGCCAUGCUUUACGUCAGGAAAGGACACUACAUUGACGCUUGGAACUUAAUGGAAGAGUGCCUGACCCUGGCUAAAGCUCAGUACGGCAGCGACGGGAUCGAAUUGGCAGGGGUCAUUUCGACCAUGAUGUCAAUCGCGCAGGCAAUCACCUCUUUGGAAGUCACGCAGCAAGGCCUCAAGUUGAUUGAGAGGGCGAUCAUCCAUAGCGAGGUUUCCUUGAAAAUCAUGGCCGACUGUCUGGGUGAGUGGAACGACAGGUACAGGAACUUGCUUGAGGUCAACAGGGACAUGAAGCUCCUCCGCGAUCAAGUCGUCGCUUCCAUUGAGAAUGGCGCUCGGCAAGAAAACGGGAAAGUGCUCAAGGCGAUUGAAAAUCUAGAGAUUUAAUCUCCUCUGUAUUUUACUUUAUCAGAGUAUGACUUAAGUCUCUUGCUUGAUGAAUGAAACAAAUAAAAUCAUUUUCUUCUGCAACGCAAAA